CGAAGGUGAAGCAAUAAACUGGUAGAUAUUCAUUUACUUUUUCUUCUUUUUGCUAUCAAAUGUACGUUCAACAAGUGCUUAUGUUGAAGAGAAAGUCGUAAAAGAGAAAGCAGACUGCGAUCCCUUGGUUUCUAAAGCUACAUUUGACAUUCUGAAUGUUUAUAUUAGUGGGGUUUAGGUUCUGUUUGUUUCAUGCUCUUCUGAGUCUUCUCUCAUGGCUUCUCCUUCUCUUUUCCUUGUUGGAUUCCUUGUUUUGUCUUGUGGGGCAAUUGCAGUGCAAAGACACUUGGAUGAGAGUGAAAUUGUGAUGGAAGAAGCGGAACUUUUAGGGCUUUUUGAUGUUAUAGGUUCACUUCUAGAUGAACCUGGUUGGGCUGAAGUCCAUCCAGCGCCAUGCACCGACACUCCAUGGCCUGGUAUUGAAUGUGAGAUUGGUCAAGACCCUCCAAUCUUUCAUGUUACGGCUAUUCACGUUGGCCCCGAUGUUGCUACCUCACCCUGCCAACCUUCUGCUGAAAUAUCAGAUUCCUUGCUCAAACUACUUUACCUAAAAACUCUCUCUAUUUUCAACUGUUUUGUAACUUCACCAGUUACGCUUUCUCCUACAUUAUUUGGUGCGUUGUCUUCCUUGGAGCAUCUAUCACUUCAGUCAAAUCCAUCUCUAUCUGGAGAGGUUCCUCCAAGCUUGGGGAAUAUUUCUAAGCUAAGGGUCCUAAGCCUGUCGCAGAACAAUCUACUAGGAAAUAUCCCUCGUCAGCUUGGUGGAUUAGUCAACUUGGAGCAACUUGACCUCAGUUACAACAAUCUAAGCGGUGAAAUUCCUGAAGAAAUUGGAAGACUGAAAAGUUUAACCAUUUUGGACUUAAGCUCGAAUGAUCUUGACGGGCUGGUGCCAUUUGCUUUGGGUCAGCUUCAACUUCUUCAAAAAGUUGAUUUGUGCUCAAACAGGAUUCAUGGAAGGAUACCUUCAGAAUUGGGGAAUCUAAACAGGUUGGUUUUGCUUGACUUGAGCCAUAACUUCAUCAAUGGGCCAAUCCCUCAGACUCUCUCAGGUUUGGAGCAGCUACAAUAUUUGAUAUUUGAUUACAAUCCCAUAAAUUCACCGAUUCCCUUAUUUCUGGGGUCCCUCAAGAGGCUUACUUCAAUCAGCUUCGCAGGAUGUGGACUAAUAGGCCCAAUCCCCAACUCUUUGUCUUCAUUGAAGAAUCUUACUGCUCUUUCUCUCGACAACAACAUUCUCACAGGGAUAAUUCCUUCAAAUUUGGGGUUACUUCCAAAUCUAGACCAGCUUAAUUUGAGUCACAACAACCUAAGUGGGGAACUACUCCUCUCAGAGGAGUUCAUUAAGAGACUUGGAAAAAGGCUGGAUGUUAGAGGAAAUACUGGGCUAUGCACAAGCUACCAGCUAUCCAGGAAGAACAUCUCCGCGUAUCUACAAACCACAGCUUGCUUGGGCAGAGAAGGAAUAGUUGACAACUUCACUUGUCCUGGAGAACACCCAGAUGAUCUCAAGGGAAGAAAGCCAUCUUGGUACCAUGGCAAGAUCAGUUCGAGUGCUCCUUCCCAAGAUCCACGGUUCAUUUCAACAUGUUUUGUUUUUUUGCUUUCCUUUUUGUAAACAUUUCUAGUACUGAUAUCCUGUCAACAUAUAUUUUGUCUAAUGAAAAUUAAACUAAGCCAAAACUGAAUAUGAAAACAGGUAUGGUCAUUGAUGGGUCAUUUUCUUGCUGGAAAGAUGCACAGCCUAAGGGUACCUACAACCAAGUUGGUGAAAAUAUGCAGAGGGGCAUUUACAUCAGUAGUUGAGGUGAAUUUACAUGGUAAGGGGCCACAAAAGUUUUGUCCAGUGACAAAAGCUCCAUCUCUGAUUGCUGGUUCAUUUGUGGCAGCCUU